GGAAACGUCGGGUUCCGCUGGUGGUAUUUCUCAAUAAUUGCUCAUUUUGACACGUCAAAUCAAACGCCUUGAAUUUCCGUCAUACUUUGCGAGUGUCAUGUUUCCUCUGGUGAGAGAACAUGAAAACAACAAAAGCGACGCAGUGUCGACACCAUUCAUUUCAACUCGUUGGUACGUAGUCGAGCUAAUGUAGCCUCACCCUAGCGAAGCCACUCUGUAACAUGCAAUCGCUCAUUGACUUUUUAACUGGAUAAACUUGUGACGCUCAAGUAUUCGGGUUCUUGGUGCAUUGAAUGCAAAUAAUGUGGCUCCAGCAACGACUGAAGGGGCUGCCAGGCUUGUUAUCAAGCAGCUGGGCGAGGAGACUUCUCAUCGGCUUGCUCAUCUUCCUUAUUUUUUACUGGUACCUUGGACCAGACCGCAGCUGGAGGAUCUUUAGCGGUUCGUCCAUGCCAGGCGGGGUGGCUGGACUUUGCCUCCAAGCGGAAAUCCACAGAUGGCAGUCGAUUAUGGACCGAGGGGAGGGUUUAUACAGCACAUCUCUGGAACAGCGAGACACACCCUUUGUGUCAGGUAAUGGCCAUAUUCUUAUUGACACUGAUUCUAACAAACUCUGGGUCGCAUCAUCUUCACAGCCUGGUUCGGCUCCGGUCCAUCAGACAGAAUAUUCGCCCAUUGUUGGCGUCCAUUUGGAGGGGAAGAAGACCGAAGCGCGGGCGUCCAUGAUGUGGUUCCGAAAAGGAUCUGUGCUGUCAGUUCGAUGCGCUUCACCUGUGGCCGUGCAGUCGUCCCGGGACUGCGUCAGCAUCAGAGAGGAGUUCAUCGCCCACAGGAGUCGACACAACGUCUACGUUCAGAGGAUUCACAUCAACAACCCGUCCGAUAAGUCUGCCAGCAUCGAGAUUUCGUACAACACUCUCAACAGCAAGUUCUCCACCAGUUUUGACAAAGUGGAGGACAAGGAGAUCCUGCUCUCAUCAGGCAGAGUCCCUUUAGAGAAGAACCUUAUGGUGCUGGUGGUGGUAGUCACCAAAAAACUCAACAACAGGAUCCAGGUUUUUCCAAAAAUGGAGUACACGGACAAUAUCCUGUCUGUUGUGAGGACUUCAGAUCCCAUUGAACCGUCCAAGCUGGAUGAGACGUUCGCCCGCCUCCGGGAAUCAGCCAAAAAAGAGCUCGGUGAGCUACUGAAAGCUAAUGUGGACGAUCUGGUCAUAGAUCAUCAGAAGGCCUGGAUAGAUCUCUUCAUUUCAGGCGUGGAGAUGAAAAAGAUCACAGACUCCAACACGCCGUCGAGUCGCACAGUGAACGCCACCCUCUACUAUAUCCUGUCCUCCUCGACGGCUCCCCUGCUGGAGCGGAGGCUUAGCAACGAGGAACGCGCCCGCCUGGAAUCUAGCCUCAACUACGCCGACCAUUGCUUCAGCGGCCACGCCACCAUGCACGCUGAGAACCUCUGGCCUGAGAGGGUGAGCAGCACUGCUCAGAUCCUGCAGCUGGUCACUCUUUGGACCCUGACCUUACAGAAGAGAGGCUGCAAAGCGCUGGUAGCGGCCGGCGCCCAUGGAGCCAUGCAGGGCAUGGUGCUGAGCUUCGGAGGACUUCAGUUCACCGAGAACCACCUGCAGUUCCAGGCCGACCCGGACGUGCUGCACAACAGUUACGCCCUUAGGGGGAUCCGCUACAACCGAGACCUCAUCAACUUAGCAGUACUGCCCGACGCGGAGGGAAAACCUUUCCUCCACGUCUUGGUCAAGCCCCAGGAGAAGCCCGUCAAGCUCUACGCGUGUGAGGCCGGUUGCCUCAAUGAGCCCGUGGAGCUGACAUCUGAGGAGAAAGGUCACACCUUCCCAGUCAUGGUGACCCAGCCCAUCACCCCGCUGCUUUACUUCUCCACUGACCUGCGCCACUUGCAGGACCUGCGCCACACAUUGCACCUCAAGGCCAUCCUGGACCAUCAGGAGCAUAUGGCCAACAGGUACCCGGGGCUGCCCUUCCUCUUUUGGUUCAGCGUGGCCUCGCUCAUUAUUCUCUUUCACCUUUUCCUCUUCAAACUCAUUUACAACGAGUACUGUGGCCCCAGUGCCAAGCCCCUCUUCAGGAGCAAGGUGUAAUAUCACACCAAUGCCAGAUAAAUGAUUGCAAACUGAUUAUUUUUUGUGUGUUUGUGGUCGGAAUUUUCAGGGGUUAAGUUCUCACGCUGCAUAAUUUCAUUUUCCUUAAGCAUACAUUUACCUCAUUGGGUACCACUGACGCCACUAGACAUCCAAUCCAGUUACACUGGGGGGCUGCCAGCCCUCCCAGUCAAGAUGGAUUAUACUUCUGGGCUCGUUAAUGGCAGCCAAUGAUUUAAAGGAGUGCACUAUACAGGUUUAAGUCAUACUUAAUUCAAUUUGAAAUGAACUUCGAAUCAAUUACGUAAUGUGAAAAAGUGGUUGGCACGAACAAAUGCCUACCUGGAUACAAUUUUAAAAAGCAACAAAUUCGUAAAGCAUAAAUUGAAAAAAAAAAAAAAAAAACUAAAUUCUGUUUCAAAUUGUCUCUCAACUUACGCUCAUUUGCCAGAAAUCAAAAUCUUACCAAUGUUUGUCAAUGUAAAAUUGUUCAAAGUUUACGCAUCUUCUUAAAAUCGAUGUGCGCCUGCUGACACUUUGCCACGUUCCAACAUUUCUUUCUUUGCUGUGUGUUGCUGUUUUAUAAUGAAUCAUUCGAUUAAAUUAUCAAAAAAAUAA